AGUGGACGUUUUGUGUUGCAGGCGACCGGGUUGAGAACAGGGCAGUAUGAACCAUCGAGCGUGCCUCACUGUUAUCAGUCUAGCUUCAGGGCAGACAGGCAGCAGAACUGCCAAGCACCUCAGCCUGAACAGCCAGUAGAACAGCAUGUGGAGGAACACACGGAACGACGCACUGAAGAACAGAUGGAACACCAUGCCGAGGAACAAGCGGAACAACACACUGAGGAACAGACAGAAGAACACAUUAGUGAACGGACCAGGGAACACACGGACGGACACACCGAGGAACAGGUGGAACAACAGACCGAGGGACAGACAGAGCGACACACCGAGGGACAGACAGAGUCACAGGAAGCAGGCGUAGGCAGCCAGUCGUCGACUAGGGAACCAGUUGCUAGUAGUGAGAGCAGUUCCGAGGUGCCACACAACACUGAUCAACGAUCAGUUGAUGCUCAAUUUCAAGGACUCACGAAAAAGUGUUUGACACUGGAUGACAUAUUGGUCUAUGAUGAAAUCGCCGCUCUGACGAUACGACAGCUGAAAGAGAUACUCUUCACGAAUUUCGUCGAUUACAAGGGCUGCUGUGAGAAGCAGGAGUUGCUAGACAAAGUACACAGACUGUACAGGGAGCAUUGUGAAAACAAAGUCAAAGCCGAAGCUGCGGACGACGUUACAGCGACCGGAUCACCAGCAGGGGGAGCCAGCGAGGAGGAGUUCAUGUGCAAGGUGUGCAUGGACGCCGUCGUCGACUGCGUGCUGCUGGAGUGUGGCCACAUGCUCACCUGUACCAGCUGCGGCAAGAGGCUGAGCGAGUGUCCGAUAUGUCGGCAGUACGUCACGCGCGUCGUCCACGUGUUCCGAUCCUGAGGCAGGUGCGAGGUCGCGCGGGGCGACGCACGCUCUUUUUACGUUAGUUCCGCUCCGGUCGGCGAUGCCAUCUGCUGGUGGUUAGUCGGGCAGAUUUCUACGCGGCGUUUACAUUAUCUCCAUUUGCGAGUGGUGGCGGUGGCGGUGGCGGUGGCGCCACUUGCCUCGUCCAUUCUGUCAGGUUUUUCGAUUUGAUCACGUCACUAGACUGUGACUAGAGUGUAGCCACCUGCCAAUACAUUAUUAUCAUGGUUGCCUGUGUGUUCGUUUUGUUAAUGUUUUCGAUGUCGUUUUUGUAAUUGUUUGAUCGGUCAGUAAUUAAUUAGUUUAGCUUUUAAACAUGCUCAUCUGCUCGGUAAGUGACUCAGCAUAAGCAGGCGUUAGUCAGUCUGCUGCAUGAUUCAUGCAUAUGGGCAAGGACCGAACUACUGAGUCUGUGUUGCGACUUGUUUCUAAGCAGUUCUUUCUUGUGUGGUCGUAAACACUAUCUUGCAUCACUUCUCGAGUAGCACUGAAUUUUAAUCGCCAUCACGAGGCCAUCAUUUUAAUUGUCUUGGCUGCGACAUCUAUAUUAUUUGUAUUUCAGUCCUGGAGGUGCCGCCAGUGUGUGCUGCACAUCAGGGUUGUGCAUAUUUCUCACUCGUAGAGUGGCCACUGUGUAUGGUAGAUACUAGCUCUAGAACUAUAGCCCUUUGCUCCGCCGCAGGCGCUAGGGCGCGCUGUGAACGGCUAUAGUUCUAGACCUAGGUAGAUAUACGUGAUCAGGAUCGACAAUGUACUGACAUUGUGGUGACGACAUCGAUGAUCUGCAGUAGGCAAAUCGUAUGUCGUGACGGUAGUGGUCAGGCAGUAUCGGGGAUUUAUACUUAUUCUAGUGUCCCGGCAUGAGAGUAGUAGUCUCUCGUGCCAGGAGCUGGCUAGUGUGAAAAUGUUUCCUUCUUACUGUUGUGCCAUCACUCUUUGGCACCGUGCGCUGAUGCCAACGUGAAACCCAAGCCAAACCCUGCAGAAUAGUUGUUAAUAAUAUCCCCCGUUACUCCUAGUGGGAUCUCACACUGCCGAAUAAAGUAUGUACUUUGUACACGUAGUUUGUGGAAGUGUAAAUAUUCGGAAAUUCAUCAUAAACGGUUUAAAAUAUGAUGCCAGCGUGCAUAGCUAUGAAAACUGUGAGCAAGUUGAAGGUGUAUUUUGUCCGUUGUUGCAUAUACUGGCUCACAUUUUAUAGUGUUGUUUAUACGUAUUACCAUUCAUUGUGGGGAAAAUACAUUGUUGAAAUCUUAUGCGGAUAUGUAAAUACUUUCCACGAUAUAAGAAAGGUGUGAAGUGGUAAAAGUAGCCAUAACAGCGACGUUCAAACUUGGUACUGUAAUCGUAUGCAUUGUUUAUACGGUAUGGUAUUACACAAUUGUUUUCAUUUUAGUAUAAGAAAAUUUUAUAUAAGGUAAAGUAAAGUAAAGGUAAGUAAGGUAAGUAAGUCGUAGUUUUAUCAGGAAUAUGUUUUCGAUUUAUGUUUGAUCAGGUGGGAUAAAAAAUUUGCAUGUAGUGCCGUUUUAUUCAUAUGCUUUUGAACACUGAUGUAUAAACGAAAAAAACUGCCAGCCUUAGUCUGCUUGUAACUUUAUUAUUGUAAAAAAAAGUCAUUUUAAUUUGUCGUUUUUUGUCAUGCAGUUUAAAAAAUAAAGAUAUUUAUGUAAAUUUCAAGUGCA